AUGUCAACGGGUUUUCAAUCAAGACUUCUCAAUGAUUUUGACGGAUUUAAAACACUUGGCCGAGGGGGCUACGGAUUGGUCGUCUCGGCUAAACAUGUUCUCGAUCGAAACGAGUACGCGAUCAAGGGUAUCCGUGUGAAGAAGGAGAAGAUUGAAAGGGUUUUAAAAGAGGUACACGCAAUGGCAAAGAUUGAUCACACUGGAUUCGUCAGAUACCACACUUCUUGGGCUGAAGAGCCGCCACCGGAGUUUCAGAAAUCCUAUCAAACUCGAAUCGAAAAGUUGAUAAAGAAGGGGAAUGUCGCCAAUGAAGAGCACUCUAACUUGUCCAAGCCACACAAGUUUGCGGAAACGAUUGGCAAUUCCUCACAGGGCCCUUCGGGACCUCAGCGGAUUCACAAAUCAAAGUCUUAUCCCUUGGUGAAAAACACAAUGACAUUCCCUCAACGAGAAGACUCGGACUUGACCGACUCCGAGUCAGAGGAAGGCCCCCCCGAGGAAGAAAGCUCUGAUGGUGGGAUUGUGUUUGUGGACAGCAACGGAGAGCGAAACGAAGUAGACGAUCUUGACAUUGAUGAAGAUGAAGCCGAGCAGGAACCGACAGUGGAUGUGAAAUGCUACCUCUACAUUCAAAUGCAAUAUUGCCGAGAGGGGACACUGGCAAAAUGGUUGAAAACCCACCGGCAACUGGCAAGUCGAAGCAUCGAGAACAUGUGGAACUGGUUUCGUCAACUGCUUCAAGCCAUCAAAUACCUGCACAGUAUCAAUCUUAUACAUCGUGAUAUCAAGCCACUGAACAUUUUCUUGGCCAAUCAGAACCAGCUGAAAAUCGGCGAUAUGGGACUUGUUUGUGAAGGAACGAGUUUUGAUAAUCCCGACGCAAGAAGAGAGCCUGAAGAGGGCAAGACGGAAGAUGUUGGCACAACACUCUACAUGAGUCCAGAACAGGUGAACCGCCAAAGCUACUCAAACAAAGUGGACGUGUUUGCAUUGGGAGUCGUCUUUGUGGAAAUCUUUUUCGAGUUCGGCACCGAAAAGGAACGAGUCGAUACUUUAUUAGCUUUGAAAAAAGGAAUUCUUCCGGAGGAAUUGCGAGGGCAAGAGCUUAUAGCGCCAUAUACGAGUAAAGUGGGAUAUCUCGUGAGGGAAGUGUGCACAAUCGAUCAACGAAGAAGAUUGAAAUGUGCAGAACUGGUGAAAAAAUGGAACAAGUCACCAUUCCAAUCGACUGAUCCGAUAAGCCGUCCUCGGCCUCCUCACUCGAGCUCUCCAACAUCACCACUUCAUGCUCCAGCUCCUCCUCUAUCUCGCCCGGGUGUUCGUCUUCGUGGGACUGUCUCGGCUCCUCGCCUACAACAAGGACACAUUUUCUUGGAAAGAAUCACAUUUUCUAAUCGUUUUCUU